AUGCCGAUUUUCAAGGUGGUAGUAGCGGCUGUCUUGUUCUUGGUGGAGGAGGUCCAGACGAAUAUUUUUGAUCAGCGCUUCAUUGAGAGCGAACUUUGGAAAAGAGACAUUCCAACACUAAGAAAACGGUUUGGUGAUGUUGCAAAAACUGGAUCCCUUGAUCAGGACAAGAGGCUAUUUGUCGAUGGCACUGAGGUCGCAGUGGUCUACUUCAGGCAUGGUUUCAUGCCCCAGAAUUACAUUUCUGAACAGUGCUGGGACGCUCGUCUUAUGAUGGAGCGCUCUCUGGCUGCGAAGUGUCCUGAUAUCCACACUCACCUGGUGGGAACCAAGAAGGUCCAGCAGGUUCUGGCCAAACCUGGAGUUCUGGAGAAAUUCUUCCCAGACCAGCCUCAGGUCGUGGAGCAGCUCAGGGCGACGUUCGUUGGCCUCUACACUCUGGACAUGGGACCAGAUGGUGAUAAAUCAGUAGCGAUGGCUUUGGCAGAACCAGACCAGUUUGUUCUGAAACCUCAACGAGAAGGAGGAGGAAACAACCUGUACGGGUCAGAGCUCUUCCAGGUGCUGAACCGAGUGAAGGGAAGCUCGGAGCGAGCAGCCUACAUCCUGAUGGAUAAAAUCUUUCCUGCUUCCGUACAGAACUACUUACUGCGGCGAGAUGCUCCCCUGGAAAUCAGCAGCUGUGUCAAUGAACUGGGGAUGUAUGGAGUGUAUGUGAGGUAUGCCAACGCUCCUCUCCCUGCUCUCAUUUGUGGUGAGCCCAUGGGAAGGGGGACCCACGUCUCCGCUUUGGACUGUGCCCGGCCGGGCUCCAUGGGUGAGAGCCUGGCCACCAGGCACUCACCAGCGUGCCCCAUCUUCAGGCCCAGCUCCAGAGUGGGACCCCGGUGA